UGUGCGGCGGGCGCAUCUCCUCUCUCUCCUCUCGCCGCGACGCCGCCGUGGUCGCGAUUCCGCGCCCUGUCCGACGCGCCGGCCUCAAGAAUCAGCGCCGCAUCUCCCGUUCUGGAGAACCGCGCUGCCACCGACGCCUAUUCCCGGCCUUCAGCCGGCGUCUCCACGCCGGCGCGUUGGUGACGCCGGUCUUCUGAAGAAGACGGCGUGUUCUAGCCUUGGGCGUCAGCCGGAGUCGAGGAAGACGCGAUGAAUUCGACGUGGGUUAUUGCAUGAAGUCGAUCUGGGGUGCCACAACGACGAACCGGCUUGUGGUGUGCAGAUCCGGCGAGAGCGCGCAGCCAAAGCCCGGGUUCCCGGCCACCGCGCGGUCGUUGCCACUGGCCCCGUCGUCGUCGUAUGGCUAUACCGAUCAAGGGAAGGAUGGCGAUGAGGUCUUAACUCAGCAUUGAUAUUGGCAUCUGUGAAUGUUUAUAACUCCAUACUAGAAGACUGUCUUGGUUGCAAUGGAGAAAAUUCUUCGUUAGAUUUUACUUGAUAGUGUUUGAGUGUUCUUUGAGUGCCAAAACAUGGAGCACCUCCCUGUUGAAGUCAUUGGCAACAUUCUUUCCCAUCUUGGUGUUGCACGUGAUGUCAUGGUUGCCUCUGCGGUAUGCCGGAAGUGGCGGGACGCCUGCAGGAGGCACCUUCGCUUGCUGUCUUUCAACUCUGAUGACUUUCCGCGGGACAUGACUACACGUCAGUUGGAGAUUGUCAUUACACAGACUAUAUUUCAGACGAUUGGGCUGCAAUGCCUCUCAAUUCAUAUCGAUAACACCCAUGAGUUCUCUGCAGCACCAGUGAUUGCGUGGCUCAUGUAUACCAGGGAGACUCUGCGGAGCUUGUCUUACAAUGUCAGGACAACACCUCAUGUAAACAUUCUGGAAAAGUGUGGCAGGCAGAAGCUAGAAGUGCUAGAUUUGGACCAUAACACAAUCACAGGUGUCGAACCAAGCUAUCAGAGGUUCACUUGUCUGAAAUCCCUUUCCCUGAGGCAUGUCAGCAUUUCAGCAUUGGAUCUAAGCCUUCUAGUUGCUGCUUGCCCAAAGAUAGAGGUAUUAGCACUUGAUGUCCUUGAGGUUGUCACUUCAGAUCCACAAUCUACAAUGGAGCUCACAAGCCAUACAUUGAGGAGUCUCUUCGCGAAAUCAGUUGGUGUAGAUAAGAUCAUACUUGAUGCAGAUAAUUUGGAGGUUCUACACUUGAAUGCAUUGAAUCUUGAUCUGUUUGAGCUUAUCGGGAAAGGAACACUAAAGCAUCUUAAGAUUGAUGAUGUCAGUGUUACACAUUUGGAUAUUGGGGACAGUACUGAGCAUCUGGAGGUGGUAGAUGUGAGCAACUUCACCAUAGUCUGGCCAAAGUUCUAUAAUAUGAUAUCCAGAGCAUCCAGCUUGCGUAUGCUACGAUUUUGGGGUGUUGUGUUUGAUGACGAGGAUGAGAUUGUGGAUUCAGAAACUAUAGCUGUUUCAUUUCCUCUUCUUAGGCAUCUUUCAUUGAGCUAUGAAUUAAGAGAUGGGUUGCUUCACUACAGCCUGCAGGGUUCAUCACCACUGGAGAAUGUCUCAGUUCUGGAACUUGGUUGGACAGUAAUAAGUGAGCACUUUGGACCCUGGGUGUUUGGUAUGAUUGAAAGGUGUCCAAAUCUCAAGAAACUUGUUAUUCAUGGUGUUCUUUCUGAGGCAAAAACACGUGAAGAGCGCCAGAUGUUAGCAAGCUUCACCUCAUUUAUAGUCUGUCUAAUGAGGAAGUAUGUGCAUGUCGAUGUACAAUUUGAGUACGAAUGACAUCUAGUAGAUUCAUUGGGCUGUCCUAGUUCAGCUGAAGCCGUGCCAUCAGAUUUGCUUCUGAUUCUAAAUCAUGAGGACUGUCUGGUGUAAAUUCAUCCCAGGUGCAUGCCCGCUCCAGAGUUCAAGAAAGUUUGUGUCAACCUCUUCAUAGAUGCCUGCAUUUGCCCAUAUGAAUUAAAUCCCCCCGUUCUAUUCUUCGGACUGGAAUGAAAUGUUUAUGUUGAGAUUUGGUGGCCUUUGUUACAUAAUAGCAAGACCUUUAAUCUUUUCAUGAGCCUAAUCUUGAAUCAAAUUCUUUCAAUAUACUGUAAAAUAUUGGUAAAUUGUAAAUUGGUAACUUCAGAUUGCAGUAAAGUGUAUGAUCGAUUCUCUUGAGAAAUUCGUCA